AUGGGAGAUAUGCAAUCAACUGCAUGGAUGCAUGUGAUCGAUGCAAAGACUUCAUACAAUUUGUUGCUUGGCAGGCCGUGGAUACACGAGAACAAAGUUGUCCCAUCAAUUUACUACCAAUGUUUGAAAUAUAAUAAAGAUGGAGUCGAAAAUAAGAUAGUUGCUUAUGACAAGCCGUUCUCUGAAGCCGAGGCAUACUUCGCUGAUGCAAAGUUCUACUUGAAGAACCACAUCAUGAUGGGAGUAAAAGUUGAUGACAUCAAGAAGGCCAAAGGCAUGAAAAUAGCUCCUUUAUUUCGUUACGUCCCAAAAGUGAAGAAAGAUGAAGGAGAAUCAUCAAGCCUCCAAAAAGGUGCGCUAAGAGAAUUAACCAUUCCUAUCAAGCAGAUUGAUACCAUAAUGUUAUCUUCAAAGCUACUGGAAAAUUUUGUGGCCCCUAACAUGCUUCAAAAUAAGGCACUCCCUACGAAACGCACAAAUGAAGGUUUUGAUCCGAAUGCUUACAGGUUGUUCGCAAAGGCUGGAUAUGAUCCCAAUGAACCAUCUAAGCUAGGGAAGCUCCCACCUGAAGCUACUAGGAAAGCAAACAUGAUGAACGAUAAUGAGCGUGCGGUGAAGCAAUCACGUGAGGGUCUAGGUUACAAACAACCCCCACUAGUUCGCAUCUCCAUUAGAAGAGCAAGUAUUAACUAUAUCACGAUGGAAGAUGAACCCGCUGAUCCUAAUAAAAGGCCUUCUGUCUUUGAUCGACUUGGAGAACCAACUACAAGAACUUCUUGUGGCCAUAUAUCUUUUAAUGAUGGUGAUCCUCAAAAAGACGAAGAUGUCGAGGACGCUCCUGUGGAACUAGAAGAAGGAAUUAAAAUGACUAUUGAUGCAUUGAAAGAAGUCAACCUUGGCACUGCAGAAGACUUCAGGCCCACCUAUGUAAGUGCCCUAUUAACCACAGAUGAAGAAAACACUUAUGUGGAGAUACUCAAAGAAUAUAGAGAUGUCUUUGCUUGGAGCUACAAAGAGAUGCCUGGUUUAGAUCCUAAGUUAGCAGUUCAUCAUCUCGCAGUCAAGAAAGGAGCUCGUUCAGUUAAGCAAGCCCAAAGACGCUUCAGGCCAGAAUUGAUCCCAUCAAUCGACGCCAAGGUCAAUAAACUCAUCGAAGCUGGUUUCAUUCGGGAGGUUAAAUAUCCUUCAUGGAUUUCAAGCAUUGUUCCUGUGAAGAAGAAGAAUGGCCAAAUUCGAGUUUGUGUCGAUUUUAGAGACCUCAAUAAUGCAUGCCCUAAGGACGAAUUUCCGCUCCCCAUUCUAGAGCUUAUGAUUGAUGCUACCACCGAAUACGAGGCGAUGUCUUUCAUGGAUGGAUCAUCUGGCUACAAUCAAAUACGUAUGACACCAAAAGAUGAAGAACUUACUGCGUUUCGCACUCUUAAAGGCAUUUAUUGCUACAAAGUAAUGCCUUUUGGCUUGAAAAAUGUUGGCGCCACAUAUCAAAGGGUAAUGCAGAAUAUCUUUGACGACAUCCUCCACAAGAAUGUGGAAUGCUAUGUGGAUGAUUUAGUGGUGAAAUCAAGAAAGAGAGGAGACCACUUACAAGACUUAAGAAUGGUGUUCGAACGACUCCGGAGAUAUCAACUCAGAAUGAACCCGUUGAAAUGUGCCUUUGGAGUUACUUCUGGAAAAUUCCUUGGCUUCAUUGUUCGACAUCGAGGGAUUGAGAUAGAUCAAGCCAAAGUUGAAGCCAUCUUGAAGAUGCCCGAGCCCAAAAAUAUACAUGAACUGAAAAGUCUAUAA